UCUAUCCUUCAGUGGCCCCUGGGGCGGCGAGGACUCGGCUCCCCUCGCACAGGCGACCUCUGAUGGCAGUAUCCCGUCCCCGGAGGGGUGGAGCAGGGUCCCUCGGAUCUUCGGGGAUCCCCUUUGAGGCGCCCCAAACGAUCCUCAGGGCCCCAGGCGCGGUCGGCAUUCGGCUCCUCCGGAGCAUCCCCGGACGCCAGCCCAGGAGCAGCCCGGCCCUGGCUCCCCAGGACCCGCUGGGGCAGGCUCUGGGAGAUUUCGCCGCGGGGCAUUUCUGGCCCUCCACCGCCACGCUUAACGUCCGGAGCGCCGCGAGGGCUCCAAGCUCCCCACCGCCCGAGGAGUCCGGGUGCGCCGCGAGGGGCGCCCCCUGCGCGACCAAUCCGGCCCAAAGUUGGACAACUUGGCCCCUGACGGGGCGCUCGGAGUUUGCCCAAGUCCAGCAGGACGCUCCUGAAUACCAGGCAUACGUCUCCAUCCUGGAUCAAGUCUGCCGUCAAAGCCCAUUGCCAGUUGCAAUCUCUCCUCUCCAGCAAGGUUUUGAGCCUGGAGUCACUCUCCUACCAAGCCUGCUGCCCCAACACAGUGACCUUUCUUCCCAGGUCCUGCCUGAGAACCUCCUUCCAGGCAUGUGUCUAUUGGAACAUCUCUGCUGUGCGAGCCCAGAUUUCUGCCCCAUUCCUGUCUCUUUGGAUCUCAUUCACAGUGCUCCGGGCCUGUGUAACCAGGACUUUGGAUUUGGCUCUGGUCCCACAGGGCCCCCUUGCCAGCCAGGAGGGCCGGGUCUUAUAGGGAAACACAUGACUUUUACAACCUGUUUUAGCUAUGGUUUCCUCUCCUCAGUUCCUUCAUUUUCAGGACCUGGGCUUGAGGGCACUGCAACUUGAUGGCCAUCUUCACCUGCCCGCUUCCCUCUGUGUCAUCUGA